GUUUCCGAGUGUUCUAAUGAUGAUAAAUUAACAUCAAUUUUUUCAACAAUGAAUUAUUCAUCAUCAUACUCAUUACUUGAUGGGUCUGUUGGUGAAUUGAUGUUGAUGAAACUUUAUUCAUCUCAUAAAGAAUUCUCAGUUAUUAUAAAAUUAUUGAUUUUUAAAAAGGCAACACUAUUACUUCCAGCAACAACAUCAAUUAAUUCAUUUGAUAAAAUAGAUAUGAAAUUUAUGCAGGAUCAUGUGAUAUUUACAUUACCUAUUGAUAAUGGAGGGCUUAAAUUUGUGACAUUAAGUGGAGUAAGAGGUUUCAUUCGAAAUAAUGUUUUAAAGAUCAUGGAUUUAAUAUCUGAACAUUUACCAAUAUUAUCAAAUGAUAAUUCAUGGCAUAAAGG